UGAAUCGGAAGCCCAGACGGGCGAGUCCUCUCCUCGGUUCCCCACAAUCGUUCCUAGAGCCAAACAUGGCGGCGUCGCUCUCCAAAACCCUCGGCCUCCGGCUGCGAGGCAGCGGCGGCCACCGCCUCCUCCCCUCCCGGCCCUCCACUUCCCACGCGCCCCAGCCACCACCUCCGCCCGCCGCCGCCCCGCUGCCCCCAGGAGCAGGGAAGGAGGCGGGCGCGUGGUCGAAGCUCUUCCUCUUCGCCCCCGGCGCCAUCACCUUCGGCCUCGGCACAUGGCAGCUCUUCCGGCGGCAGGAGAAGCUAGAGAUGCUGGAGUACAGGACGCGGAGGCUGGAGAUGGAGCCCGUGGCGUGGAACGAGACCGUCUCCUCUGCUGUCUCGAGUGAUCCGGCUGUGCUGGAGUUCCGGAAGAUCGUGUGUGAGGGCGAUUUCGACACGGAGAAGUCGGUCUUCCUCGGGCCUCGCUCCCGGAGCAUCUCCGGUGUGACUGAAAAUGGGUAUUAUGUGAUCACUCCGUUGAUACCUCGGCCGACUGAGCCUGGCAGUUUGCAGUCACCCAUCCUUGUGAACAGAGGGUGGAUUCCUCGUGCUUGGCGUGAUAAAAGCAUGCAGGAUCAGCAGGACCUUGGUGAAACUUUAGAUGUGAAAGAGGCUGAUAAAAAGACAAAUGAAAAAGGUACUUGGUGGAAAUUUUGGUCUAAGAAGCCUGAAUCUUCUCCAGAGAUUGAAAAACCUGUAAAGCCUCCUGUAAGAGUUAUUGGAGUAAUCCGAGGAAGUGAGAAGCCCAGCAUAUUUGUUCCACCUAAUGAACCUAGUAAUGGCCAGUGGUUUUACGUGGAUGUCCCCAUGAUUGCACGUGCAUGUGGCCUCCCUGAGAACACUGUCUAUAUAGAAGAUAUGAAUGAAGACAUCUCUGCAAGUAAUCCUUAUCCUCUUCCAAAAGAUGCCAAUGCUUUGAUUCAUCACUCGGUGAUGCCAGAUGACCAUCUGAAAUACACCUUUACAUGGUACACUCUUUCUGCUGCUGUGACUUACAUGGCCGCAAAGCGGAUAAAGGCAAAGAAGGUGAGGCUAUAGCAGGAGUGCAGGACCGAAGCCCAAUAAAGCCUUUCCUCCAACGUGUAACUAUUUAUAUGAAGCUUAAGUUCAUGGUGCUUCAGAAGGAGCGUGCAAGCGUUACAUCUGUAAUCUCCGGCGAAUGAUUCAUUAAACCAUUGUUUUCGCAUUUGAUACCAGGCAUCGCUCAGCUGACUGAGCUCGGAGAAUUACAGAGCUACACAAGUUUUGUUAGCCUACCAUCCAGGGAAAGGAAGAAGACAUUGCUAACUAUUCCAGUUCCUCGUAGAAUGUUUUUUGAAUUGUUUUAUUGGCGACUGUUGGCAGAGACAUUGAUGCGCUGGGUUGGCCCAUUUAUAACUUUAAACGACAAGUCAUUUUCCACCA